GGAUCGGAAACCCUCAUGAUUCCUUUACCGGUCUGAGAGUCAGACGGAUUUGACGUUCAGACUGUAACCUGUCAUUUGGGGGCUCUCCCAUCGAUCGCAUGAUCGUCUUUAAUUCGACGACUGGAGGAUGCGAGCCAAGAAUUUCGAUGGCCUGGUUCUUGUGAGAGUCCUGCGCUGGGAAUCGGAAAUCGGAAGCUCACGAUGAAGCCCGUGACUCUGAAUCAGCUGCAGGAAGUGGUGAAAUGUGGAGGCAGACUGCUGGGAAUGGAUGUGGGAGUGCGGAAUGUGGGAUUUGCAAUGUCCGAUCACGAAUGCCGUGUCGCCUCUCCUCAUAGUGUCAUCUAUCGUAGUCAGUCAACAACGCUCUCAAACAUCGUCUUGCUGGAUGACUUGGUUCGGAAACAUUCUAUAAGAGGCCUUGUAGUCGGGUACCCUCUGGAGUUAGCAGGACAUCGUAGCAAUCAGGAACUUAUGGUGAAAUCUUUCAUUAGUGAGCUACAGCUAAGUGGCAGGUUUCAGAACCUUCCUUAUCUAUAUUGGGAUGAGCGUCUCACGACCGCGGCUGUGACCAGAACAUUGAGCGGACUGCAAAUGAUAGGGCACCAGAGAAAAACCAUCCUCGAUAAAAUGUCUGCCCUUGGCAUUCUCCAGGAUUGUAUGGAUAACCUUUGGCGGCUUGAUCGUGAUGCUAGUCAAUGCUGACUACUCCUCGAAUGAAGCUAGACGGCACGUUUCUGAGCUGAAGAAUUAACCACUUGCCGUGUACAUAUGUUCUGUCCAUCACGUGGGCGAAAUCAGGCGAGAAUGGUAGAACAAUGGCGAACAAUAAUUCCAGAUCAUUUUAGCUUUUCAAAUCUUUUCAAAUUAGUUUAGGUACGGAUACCAAUGGUUAGAGGAACAUGAGCGAACUCUUCGUGUUCCACUCCUCAUUGAAAUCAUGCGGAAGCAUGUGUUCAAUGAGGAGUGGAACAAGAAUGUCUGUGAUGUCUUGAAAUGUCUGUGACUACAGAGAUGUCUUGUUUCAAGAAGUUCCCCUUCAAAGAGUACAAUUUAAAAACUCAGCGGAAAAAGAGAGUAAUGUGUGCCAUCAUCAGGGUAUUUCUCAAAAGUUGUUUACCUCGUCUGUUUGUGAGAUGAGGGAACUCAAACAAACAUACAUGUAACUACAAUGAUAUACACCUCGUAUCUAAAACAGACAAACACAUUUGCUC